AUGCCUGGACUGUUUAACAUGAAUUGCCAUAUUCUGAUAAUUGUCUUCGUUUACCUCAGUGUUCUCUUUCAAAUCACGAUAGCUGGAGAGCACAUUUUAAGAUUAGAAGAAAACAUUCAUUCCGGUACAACUUUAAUUGGUGUUGAGCAGGGAUCGAGUGUUUUGAUUCGCUGUGAACAUCCAAAAGACAAAACAGGAUCAUUACGAUGGCUGCGUGGAGGAACAGCCAUCGAUCCUGCUUACGUGAAAACCAAGAAAGAUGCUUCUUAUGUCGAGAUCACCGACUAUCAACCUGAUAAAGAUGAUGGAGUCUACGAGUGCUCAGCGCCCGGUAUGUCUGCUUCGUAUAGAUUGAAAGGAGAAAAGAAGCACAUUCUUCCUGACGGAUUCCGAUUGUGUUAUGGGGAGGAAAUGGCCAGCUGCAAACAUGCCGAUCAAUGUCAUGUUGAGACCUCCUCAGGACAUUUCAGCUGUGUCUGCGAAAUCGGAUGGAUGGGAGCUGCGUGCGAUAUGAUAUCUGAUCCGGUCAGGGUUCAUCCUGUUAUUACUCCACCAGUCUGCGCUUACUGGCCCCCUGUUGUGACUCUUCUGGUAUUCAUUAUCAUCAUUGUGUUGCUUGCAUACUGCCUCUACAAAUUCAAAGUGCGUAAUCCACACCACUACUCCAAGUACACAACGACUACUAUUAACAACAACAGUGUCGCCAAACCACCAAUGGUUUCUGGAGAGUACACAGCAGUUCACCAGCCGCCUUCUGGGCAGAAAAACGGUGACGUAGCGAAUAUGGUCUGA